AUGCUUUUCCAAAAAUAUUUUUUGGCAAAGGAAAGCCAAUAUUGCAUUUAUCAUUUUCAAAUUCUAUCUGUUCAAGUUUUUCUCUCAUUCCUUCAAUUUUAUCAAUUUUCAAAUAAAAAUAUUCCAAUAAUUUUGCAACAGUUAUAUCUUUUGAUGUAAUAUAUUUACAUCCUUUUUUCUUUGAUCUUUCAACAUUUUCAUCACCCUUUAUUUCAACAAAAUCUCCUUUUUUGCAAUAAACAUCACCAUCAAUAACCUUCGGCAUAAAAUAUUGUGUUUUACCAACCAACUUCUGAACAUAUUCUUCGGCAACCAUCU